AUGCCGGGAUUACCUGUGCGAGCCCCUAACGGGGUUCCCGUAAAUUCUGCCAACUACAACGACCCUCGCCUCGCAUCCUCCAUCAGCGCAUUCCUCAACCAUCGACAGCCAGCCUGGACCGGCACCGUCGUCGAUUUUAACCCACGGCCGACCACAGCACAAGCGCCACCAUCGGCGGUACCGGCGGCAGAGCCGGCAUCAGGGGAGGUGAUGGUCCCUCGUGGAGGCGCGUCCGCUCAGUUUAGAGGAACAGGCCGUCCCCGCGGCCGGCCGCGCAAAUACACAGGCAGACUGCCCCACGCACAACACGCCCACGACGGCACACCCCAACAAGAACACGAGAACGAAGAAGAAGAAGAGGCGGAAGAAGAACACCAACGGCCAACACACGGACAAGGUGCACCAUCUGCACAGCCGCCACAGGCAGCUCAACGCCCCGGCCGAACUGCCCAGACAGCCGCCGUCCUCCUGUCUCCGGCCCCGAGCGACGAGCCGAGUCCUGCCGUUUCGAACUCGAGAGAAAGUCCUAGCAUAAACCACAAUGCGCCCGCUCCCUCACCUCAUCCCGUGAUAGGCGCCCGAUUUGUGCACAGCUUGGACCAUGACAAUACAGGGCCUACGUCUACAAGGACAGGAAACAAUGGCUCGGCCCCAACAACUCCUGCGGUCCCACCUUCUCCGAGUCCGUUCUUAGCGCAUCCCCAGCUCCCACUACAGUCUACAAAUGCUGCCGCAUCAAUCCCACAUUCUCCUGCGCCUCAGAACCGGCCACUGUCAGCCCAAGGAGCCCCUCGACGCGAUGGCCAAGGCCAGGGUGGACACAUCAACUCGCCACCAUUGCCCCUGGCGCCGCACCCAGGUGAACAAGCGGCCAAGAGGAGGAGGGUAGAUCCUUCACAGCCUCUUCCAGCAAUCAUGUACACGGAGUUCCGACAUUUCCUCUCAAGAUACAUGGGUUCACCGGGUGUGAAGGACCGGAUCAAACAAGGCACCGAGUUUGCUAGAUUCUCGCUUCUCGACCAGGCGUGUGUCAAGGAAGACGGCUUCUUCCUGGCUCUCCACCAAAUCUACUGCAUGUGGUCAUCAUAUGCGCAGAAUGCCUACGAUGUAUUACCUGAGUAUCCUGCUCAUACUAUUGACGAAGGCCUUGCGGUUAUGGAGGGGCUUCUUAAGAAGAACCUCACCAUUCAGCCCUCGCAUCGACAAUUUUUCGAAAACUUCCCAGCACCCAUCAGUAAGCUAUGUGAGCCGCCCACGGCAUAUACCACUGCUGUACGACAAGUAGGAAGGUUCCUGCAUCUGAUCGGGACCAGUUAUAAUACAUUCUUGGUUACGGUGAUCCAGCGUGGGUACCCUUACCUGGUCGAUGAGCUCUUGAGCUACUGGGAAUGCUACUCGCCGGUCUUGCAGUUAGCUUUAUUUACCGCGUGCCGUAGGAGGAUAGGAGUCCCAGACGCCCAUGGCUAUUCUCAAGAUAUCGACCGUGCUUUCCAGAUCGAUCAAAGGAAUCAUGCUCAUCUAUACCAGUCAAGCAACCUGAAUCCGCAGAUCUAUCAAACAUGGCGGAACCAACAAGAGCUAGAAGCCAAGAAUGCUGAGCUGAUUUCGUAUUAUCGCUCACGCGUCAAUCAAGCAAGGACCAAUGCUGGUGCAACCGCCAACGGCAACAAUUCCAUUAGCAGCAACAACAACAACGCAACGCCUCACAACAGGAGACUGUCGGUUCAGACAACAGCCCCAACAGCCACUGGUCAGCCGAUGCCAAACAGUGCACCCCCAAACCAGGCAGCUUUCACGUUUAGCAAUGCCACAAAUCCAUACUCUCCAGUUUUUGCGCCUAGUAUGGAGGCAUUCAACGCUUUUCCUACCCAGAAUAUGCCAUCUGCGCAGCAUUCCUCACCAAACGUCUACCCGUCUAUGGUUACGUCUCGAAGCCCGCAGGACUUGUCAAAUCCAGCGGCACAAUGGCAGCAACAACAGGUACAGCAACUUCAACAACAACAGCUGCGGCAACAACAGCUGCAAUAUGAACAGCUAGUACAGCAGCAACAACAGCCACAGCGCCAGCAACGUUCGCUAUAUCCACAACAAAGUGUACAAUACCCGGCACAUGCGCCUCAACAGCAUGGCCUACAACAUCUUCCAAUAACUCCACAACUGUGGCAGCAAAUGCAGCAGGAGGGGGCUCUCCGACGACAACAAAUACAGCAGCAACAGCAACAGCAACCAGUGAGUCAAAGGCAGCAAUGGGCUACAGCUGCAAUGGCCGCGGCGGCCAAUAACAGCGCUUCGGCUGCGCAACUGUACUCGGCGAGGGCACAAGCGCAACAACAGCUUCAGCCGCAGACUGUGAUGCCCCUCCCCGCCCAAAUCGCCCCUCGCAAUCGCCCUCCCCAAGUCCAAGUACAGCAGAAUCCGCAAAUACAGCAGCAUCCGCAAAACAUAGUCCCGCGCGAACCAGCUCCCGCGCGCACCCCGGAUCGACCGCUAGUCCCUCCACUAGGAACUACGAUCCAUCCGUCAGAGUAUGCUUACGAGGCCUCUGAUAGGAGGUCCGUGAUGAUGGCACUGCAUCAAGCUCAUGCUCGAAGUCCCAGGCGAGCAGUAGUAGAUGGAGAAUCAGAGCGGAUGUAUCAAGCAGUCAAGGAACUAGUCACAAAGCCCACCCAGCUGGCGGAAAAUGUGCGUAUCUACACGGUUCCCUUCGAAGUAACUGAUGAGCAAUAUCGGUUGAGAGUGAUGACCGACAGGCACGGUGCAGCAAUUGCCGUACAACCACACAAGUCACUGCGCUGGAGAAUUCGCUGUUGCCGGGUCAAUAACCACCAGCAAGGUGUCGUGUCGGAUGAAAUAUGGCAAGCUACCCAGUCGAACUGGCCGGACAUUUUCAUUUCCUUUAACGGUGAUCCCCUCGAUAUUCGGAGGAAACCCCAUUUUGGGAAAGAUUUGUCCAUCGAGCUUACAGAAAUGAUCCAGUUGGGGAAAAACAAGAUCGAGGCUGUUAUCCAGAACGCCCCAAGCCCCAACUUCUUCAUCGCGGUGGAGUUGAUCGAGACCUUGAGGCAUUCCACCAUCGUCAAUGACGUUUGGAAGAAUCGGCUAAUUCCCGAGUCGAAGACUCUGCAAAUCAUCAAGGAUCGACUUGGCGGGAACCGCGCCGACGAUGAGGUCUCAGUUGCGGUACCGUACCUGUCCAUUGACCUGACUGAUCCCUUCUCGUCGGUCAUGUUCCACACACCUGUUCGAGGUGGUGCAUGCACCCACUUGGAGUGUUUCGACCUGCAAACCUUUCUGAACACGAGGCAGGUGUCUAAAGUGCCCUGCGGUCAUGAGGGUAGAGCAUGUAAAUGCCCGCCUCAGCCGACAAGCCCGGACAAGUGGGCCUGUCCGCUGUCGGGCUGUGAUAAGAUAGCAGGCCCAUACGAUCUGCAAAUCGAUGGCUUCUUGCUCAAUGUCCGUAAGGAGCUGGAACGCACGGGCAGAAAGCCUCAGUAUAGUAAAGCUUUGCACGUGGAGGCGGACGGCAAGUGGACCGUUGUGGUGCAGGACGACGACGACGAUUAUGAUGAUAGCGAUGGGGAGGAGGACCUGGAGCCCAGGCAGAAGAAGAUCAAGACGGCAUCGGCAACUCCUGCUCCGGCACCCAGUGUAGCUGGGUCGUUGUCGAGGAGAUCCGGACCACCGCCGAAUGUGGAGGUGAUUGAGAUCGAUGACGACUAG